AUGGCGAAAACAGUGCAUACUUUCAAAACCGACGAGGCGAAAACAUCACGUGGACGAUCUAAACCAAGAAACCCAACAUUGUGUAGAAAUCGCGAAGUCGGACACUAUCGUUUUAUAGAAGACUACUUUGCAUAUGAUGUCAUCUAUGCUGUAAAGUUUCGACAUCGGUUCCGGAUGAGGAACGAACUAUUCUUACGUACUGCAAUUCGUCGGGCAAACAGAAGAGAAGUACACAAUCGCGACAUUCAUCACACCCUUCGUGCUAAUUUGGUGGAACAAGUUUAUAUGGCUCAUAUUCAGCCGUUGAUAGAGUAUUGGCACGAUGAUUUGUCUGAAGAAUCAGAUGAGGAUUCUGAUAUGUUCGUCGAGAACGAAGAUUCCGAUGACGAGAGUGGCGUUCAGGAGAAUGACAAAAACAAUGAAGUCGAUGACGAGGACGAUGAUUCCGAAUGA